UGUAGAUUGUUCUUUCUCGUCAAUAUCUGUUACGGCGAGGAAAGAACGGGUGGCUCGAUAUUGGUAUUUCUCCGACUUGAAGUAUGCUUUUCUUAACCCAUCUUCUUCUACUAUUCAUCAUUCAUCAUUCGUCGAAGUAGCAUUUCAUAAUAGCAGCAUACAAAAACCUCCAGGUCAUUAGGUAUCUCUUAUUUUCAUGAAAAUUUCGCCUGUUAGGUGGCUGAACGUAAGGAGAAAGGUUGACGAAGAACUAAACAUUGAUGUUGCAAAAGUGCCGUGGUCCCAUCGCCCAUCAGAGACGAACUGCUCACCGGCGACCAUAUCGAACAUAUGGCAGGCGAGUUAAGAUUCAAACGGCUCUCGCCUACCCCUGAUAAUGUUCCGAGAAAACCGCCAUCGGCACCUAUCAGAAUACUCGGAAGUGGUCUAUCAGCUUUAACGCUUGCAUGCAGUCUUCGCAAAAAGCGUAUCCCCUUCAAAAUUUACACGCGAGAUUCCCGGCCUCAAGGGGCUUGGGAUCGGCAUGAUUAUAGUCUUUUGCUGCCAGCGAGAAUUAUCAGAGCGCUUAGGAGACUGCUCUGCAUGAGCGAAGAUGCUUUUCGUCACACCCUUCUAGUGCCAUUUACCACAACCUUUCCGUCUGACAGUGGAGGGGCAGUCAAAAUGAGAGUCCACAGGGGAAAACUGGAAUAUCUUUUGAGGCACGGCUUUGAGAAAGAGAUCGAAUGGGAAUGUGAGAUUAAGGUUGAAUCCGAAAAAAGUGGGUUGCCGCGUCUGAUUUUUCCCUCGCAUGUCGAUAAAUUGGAAGGGAAUAUUACAUUCGAUUGUAUGGGUGCUCAUUCUCCGAUAAAAUACGCAGAAGUUAGCCAAACAAUUUUCCCCAUUGUGCUAUUCCGAGGCAAGAUGUUCUUGUCUAAAUCUUCAUGGGAUCGAAAGUUUCGGCAUCGGUUUCCCAAUAACACAUCACAAAUCCGAGAGAAAUUCGGUCAAACUAUAUUGGAGCUUAUAAUCGACGACGUUCAUCCGCACACUGGUGAAGUGAUGUUAUCGUACAUGUAUUCGAGGCCUCGUUUGGAUGGUCCAAUAGAUUCGCCUGAUGAACUCUGGGUACCGAAAAGAUCUACCGAUGAAGCAAGGUCACCUGUCUUGAUCGGAAAGUUCCUCGACGAAGUCAAAAUCUUUCGACAAGAGCAUAACUUACCCGAACCAUAUGAUGAGGUCUUCAAUCCAGAAAGAAUGAAGGAAGAUGACCACGUGCAUUGGCUACAGAGGUUUUCAAGGGCAGACCAGCCGAAGCUAAUUCAUCUGUGGACUGGCGACGAAAGGAUAUUCAAGUUAGGUGAUGCCAUAUUCCAAAUGGGCGUACUCGAGACUACCGGUGCUGAAGUUGCCAUUGAGGAUGGCAUUAAGGUUGCUAGAGAAAUUGUGCAAAAUGGGGGAGCGAUGCUGCAUCGCUGGCUAAUUAGCGGCUGGGUGAGGAGAGGUUGGCAUGGUCAUGCAAGCUUUCAUCGUAUGAUUGAAAGGUAUAGAUCAAGAGUAUAAAGUAGUAACACGUGAGUUUCACACCUAAACCCUGUUUUUCCCAGUUUAUAUCAAGGCAGCAAAUACUGUGAUGAUGACUGAUAUUUUUGCUUAGAAGUAUUAGUUUUGUCAUUCAGGGGAGGGAAUAAGAUUACAACGGAUUCGAUGGUAUUUCUUUACUCGUUCCCGCAACCUCAAAGUGUACAUUAUCACAAUCAGCGUUAACUUUAUGAAUGGAGCCUUUUCAAUAGUUCCGAAGAAUUCAUCACGUUUCCUGUUUUUCCCAAAUCAUAUGUACAGACAUGUCAGUUGCUCAACUCUCAUCGAUCAUAUAAACACUUUCAUUUUAUAUCUCGAUCCGAAAUGUUUAUCUACCCCAGUCAUUUUCACACCCAACUGCCAGGAAGGAUAUCAAUACCGCUAUUCAAACGAGGUCACCGGUACUAUCAUCGUUCCAACUCCCCUUUCCUUCAUCACCCAUUACAUAGCCGCGAAAACGCAUUUCCACAUCCCACUCUACAGAAAUACACACUUGAGCUCUUCAUCAUA